UAAAAGCAAAAUCCCUCCCAAACUUGCACUGAAACAUGCAUAAAAUUUUAUAACAAACUCUUUCAACAUUUCAAGCAAAUAACUUAAACUUCAGUGGACAAUCUGCACAUUUUUUUUUCACAAAGAUCAUGACAGCAGAAAUUAUUACUUUGUUGUAGGAAAGCCACUAUGUAAUGACCUCAUAUACAUGCAGGGAGGUCAAGGAGAAUUUAUUUCCCUGAUUUGAGGAAAAUAAGUUUUUAAACCAACCACACGAUGUCGCUCUUUGACUGCUCUACCCUACUGUACCAUUGUUGUUGUAAGGUGUUUAAAAUUGCUUGUUCAGACAAGGUGCGACGGAUAAACAAGCCCAGGACCGACUGUGAACUGUAGAGCAAACUAAAUGAGUACUUAUUCGCGGUAUCUUCUCGUCUGUGAGAGUAUUUUUUCCUCCGUGGCCCUCUGAGAAGCAGCAGCAGCAGCAGCAGCAGGCUUCAUGCCUGGAAAGUCACAAGUUCCUGUGGUUGUGGAAAGGAUACGGUGUUUUCCCGCGGAUGCCACCUGCCAAGCAGCGCGCGCUGGGAGGAAAUGAGAGUUUGGUGCAACUUCUGAUGUUGACCACGAUGACCUUUACAGCCCAGACAGUAAGCUGAAUGGAAAGAAAGACAAGAAAAAUAGCUGAUCAGCUUCCCUGGAUUUCGCAGACAAUCCCACUUUGUUUUGCCUGAAAAUGGAAACACUGGAGUCUGAGCUGACCUGCCCAAUCUGUCUGGAGCUCUUUGAGGACCCGCUGCUCUUGCCCUGUGCUCACAGCCUUUGUUUCAACUGUGCCCAUCGCAUCCUGGUCUCACACUGCACCCCCACUGAGCCAAUUCAGUCCAUCAGCGCCUUCCAGUGCCCGACCUGUCGCUAUGUCAUCACUCUCAACCAGAGGGGCCUAGAGGGACUCAAACGCAACGUGACACUACAGAACAUCAUCGACCGCUACCAAAAGGCUUCUCUGAGCGGACCUAACUCUCCUAACGAGACCCGGCGCGAGCGAGCCGCCCCCGACAGCAGAGCCAUGACAUCUCCCGCAGAGCGCGUGCAGUGUCAGUUCUGCGAGCAGGACCCUCCGCAGGAUGCCGUGAAGACCUGCGUCACCUGCGAGGUGUCAUACUGCGACGAGUGUCUCAAGGCCACCCACCCCAACAAGAAGCCUUUCACGGGCCAUCGUCUAAUCGAGCCGCUGCUGGACUCCCAUCUGAGAGGGCUCAUGUGUCUGGAGCACGAGGAAGAGAAGGUCAACAUGUACUGUGUGACAGAUGAACAGUUGAUCUGUGCUUUGUGUAAGCUGGUUGGCCGACACCGGGACCACCAAGUGGCAGCCCUCAGUGACCGGUUUGACAAACUGAAGAAAUCUCCUGGCCAUGUUCUCUGUGUGGGACGUGAUCGUUCACAGCAGGAGGCCAACCAGCAAGCCCUGGAUUCCAACCUCAGCAGUCUAAUCAAGAGGACCAGUGAGUUGGAAAGUCUGAUGGGCAAACUUAUCCAAACCUGCCAACAUGUGGAGGUUAAUGCAUCGCGACAAGAAAACAAGCUGCUGGAGGAGUGCGACCUGCUGAUUAAUAUCAUACAGCAGAGGAGACAGAUCAUAGCUACCAAGAUAAAGGAGGGGAAGGCUGUGAGGCUGAGGAAGCUAGCCCAGCAGAUAAGCAGCUGUAAGCAGUGCAUUGAGAGGUCCUCGUCUCUCAUCGCUCAGGCCGACCAAACUCUUAAAGAGACAGAUCACACUCGAUUUCUUCAGACAGCUAAAAGCAUAUGUGAAAGAGUUUCAAUGGCCACUGCAUCCUCCCAAAUCCUCUUACCAGAAAUAAACCUGAACGACACCUUCGAUACUUUUGCUUUGGACUUUUCAAGGGAGAAGAAAAUGCUAGAAAGCUUGGAUUACCUGACAGCACCAAAUCCACCAGUAAUCCGGGAGGAAUUAUGUACAGCUUCGUAUGACACAAUCACAGUCCACUGGACAUCAGAUGAUGAAUUCUCCGUCGUAUCAUAUGAGCUUCAGUACGCCAUCUUCACCAGCCACUCCAACGUUGUCAGUUUGUGUAACUCUGCUGAUAGCUGGAUGAUUGUACCAAACAUCAAACAAAAUCACUACACUGUGCACGGCCUUCAGUGUGGCACAAGGUACAUUUUCAUCGUGAAGGCAAUAAACCAGGCUGGGAAUCGCAGCAGUGAACCAGGGAAGCUCAAAACCAACAGUCAACCCUUCAAGUUGGACCCAAAGUCAGCUCACAGGAAGCUGAGAGUGUCACAUGACAACCUGACAGUGGAGAGGGACGAGACAUCAUCAAAGAAGAGCCACAGUCAGGACCGAUUCUCGAGCCACAGCAGCUAUGGAGUCACAGGAAACGUCUACAUCGAUAGCGGACGGCACUACUGGGAAGCUCUGAUAGGAGGAAGCACAUGGUUUGCUGUUGGCAUUGCAUACAAAUCAGCACCAAAGCAUGAGUGGGUUGGCAAAAACUCCGCCUCCUGGGUCCUGUCUCGAUGCAACAAUUCGUGGGUGGUGCGUCACAACUGUAAGGAGAUGCCCAUCGAGCCGUCCCCCCACCUGCGGAGACUCGGGGUGUUGUUGGACUAUGACACUGGAUCUCUGUCGUUUUACGACGCCGUCGGCUCUCAGCACUUGUACACUUUUGACAUCGCCUUCGCUCAGCCCGUGUGCCCUGUGUUUAACGUGUGGAACAGGUGUCUAACAAUCCUCACUGGACUGCCAAUCCCGGAUCACCUGGAGGGGACAGAUUUCAACGACUGAAAGAAAAAAACAUGUCCUGCAAGAAUUUCUUUGUGUUCCCAAAAAAAAAGACCAGACUGCCUGCGCCUCAUGGAUUCUGAUGCCUAAAUACUGUUGAUGAAAUAAAAACAGUAACCAAAUGAGAUGCACUUAAUAACCCAGGAUAACAUUCCUUAGCAAGCCUUUUUGUUGAAAUGAAUUUGAAUUAUUUAAUAUUCCUUUGCUUUGCACAUGUAUGUACAUUAAAUUGCUGGGUAGUUUUUAAGGGUUUACUUAAAUUUUCUACUUGUUGGAAAUAUUUUGAAAUAGGUUCCAGAUUUUAUUUCUUAUAACAAACAUUUACAUUCCUGAGUUCUUGAGGUUGAAAAUAAACCUGCAAAUGCAGGUGACAAGCAAUAUCUUGAACUGUAAUGUUUGAAAGGUGAAAUAUUUUUAGCAUACCAUUUUGGGGAAUAUUUUUGAAUAAAUGCACUUUGAAAAGUUGUCACUAUAAAAAGUAGAGCAAGCCACUUAUUAUGUACCACCAUGCAAGGUUAUCUUGUCAUUGUUUAAUGUGAAAAAAGAAUGACAUCAGCUUCACUUUUAUUGGGAAAUCAGUUAAUUCAGCCAUAUUCAAAUAUUUAUUUUUGUGAAUACCAACCAGUUUUAUCAUUUUAAUCCUUUAUGUAGCAGUUUCAUGAGCACUCCUCAUUACAGUUUUCACAUUUCAGCAUCUGUCUGACAAAAUAAAAGUGACAUCCUUUGAA